CCGCACGUUUCCCAUUGCCCCACUACCACGGUACCUGGCCACGGCAGCACGCCAACGCUUCCAGCUUCGCCGGUAUAUAAGCCAACACGGGCCCUGCAGCCCUACUCUGCGCAGCGCAACAACAACUUGCAUUGCAUGCCUUCUCGAUCGUAGCACAGCAAAUUAGUAAUGCCAAUGCGCGUGGCGCCGCCGGGGGCAGCACGAGGAGGAGCCAUUGCCGCUUGGGGCGCGCCCGGCGUGCGAUCCAACCACCACGUCCUCGGCCUCGGCGCUGCCAGGACGGUUCGGUUCACGCGCCGCGCCGGCGGGAGCAGCGACAGAGCAGCCGUGCUCUGCCGUGCGGAUGCGUCCGGAGGGGGCAGCGGCGAGUGGGACGGGCGGCUGGUCGACGAGGGCAUGGACACGCUGCGGCGGCGCAUCCGCGAGGCCCGGGCAGCGGCCGUGUCUGAGGACGACGUCGAGGAGGACGACAUGGGCGGCGCCGACGAAUGGUUCCCGGGCGAGUGGACGGGGCUGGAGCGCCAGGAGCGGCGGCAGCACGGGAGCUGCUACCUCGCGGGCGCCGGCGUCCUGCGGGCGCUCCUGAUGCGCGCGCCGCCGGGGCUGCUCGCGCUGCUGCUGCUGAUCAGCGUGCCGGCCUCCGUGCUCCUCGUGUCCGCGCAGCUCAUUCGCGCCGUGGAUUCAUUCUCGGCCGCCCUGCUCCACGGUAGAAUGUAGUAGACGGCUGUGUACGCACUUUUUUUGUCGUUGCCUGGUAUACGUACGCGCGUAGGAUUUCACUCUGACGAGGGGACAAUCAAAGAAUGUACCAGCACUAGGAAUUAGUGUUUUUUCUUUGGCACUAUCAUGAAAUUGCUGCUCAACAUAAUUUUCGAAGCCGCCGCCUGGACUUGCAACAUCAUUGGAUCUAUGUAAAGCUGGCAAUCCAUGAUUGGAGCCCUGGUAGAGAUUUCUUUCUUUGCCCGAUGGAUAACCAUGUCAAGCUACUUCUUGAACUUCUUCCUGCAUCUGAAAAGGCUUGGCCGAAUGAUUUUUUUGAA